AUUAAAAGUCCGAGUUUUCUCCUAGUAGUAUGCUUUGCCAUUUAUGUUUACAUCCAUUUUAGGACACGGUAAAAGAAGAAGGUGGGAGCGGUUUGCCCUAUGAAUAAUAAUAGCCAUCCUGAAGUCUAUCGAGCGCAAGAUUUUUAAAUGUAUGCAAAAUAAAUGCAUCCAAUCCAUUAUUUUUACAAACACGUCAUAGAACAUAUCGUCCUUGUCACUGCAACUCUGCGUGGCGUCAGUCAGAAAACGGUGGACUAUGCUGUACCCGGCGCGGAGGUCGUCCCGAGAGGCUUCAUGAUCACCAAACCAAAACAACGGAGCGGGAUCAGUGCGGAAUUACGCUCAGAUCAGCGAUAAGACGCAAGAGGCGCUCGAUAAGAGAUGUUAAAAAGCGCGAUGAAAACGUGGGGUAUCAUCCAAAUAAGCGCCUUCCCCCGAGCCGAAAGAGGGAAGAAGUCCGCUCAACAUCUGUUCACUGACUUCCUGCAUUUCUUCCUGUUGACGCUGUGAUAUGGGUCUGAGGUUCUCGUUUUGGCUGCACGAUGGAGCAGAGGACACACAAUCAUGGACCGCUUCAUGGUCCUCCUCAAUGGCCGUUCCAACACCAGCUCGCCUCUCUGUCCUCCUCAGCUCCUCCCCUGAAGCUCUGGGACAUGUUCUCUCAAAAUGGAGCCCAUUUCACCACUCACCCCACCUUCUCCUGUCAGCCUGCAAAGAGGAGGUCACACGGACUCAUGUUGAGCAAAGCAGUGAUGGGGCAAGAGCAGAGACGGGCGUGAACAGUGGACUUCAUAUUUGGGAGGUGCUGUGGUCCCAAGAACAGAGAGGAAGCCAUGCUGUAAUUGGAAUUGCUACAAAGAACUGCCCAUUGCAAGUGUCUGGGUACAAUGUGCUAGUGGGGAGAGACUCACAGUCUUGGGGAUGGGAAUUAAAAACGAAUCAACUUUGGCAUGAUGGAAAAAGUAGAGGAUUUUACCCAAGAAAUUGUUAUAAUUUCAGGCAACUAACUUCUUCAGACUCCUCAUUUGAUAUCCCGGAUAAAGUGCUCUUAGUGUUAGAUGCAGACGUUGGCAUUUUGGGGUUUAUUGUGAAUGGGAGCUUCCUUGGGACAGCGUUUGAAGGCCUACCUCAUGGCGUGGACUUGUUCCCUGCUGUAAGCAGUGUGAGAGGAGGGGCCACCAUACGGCUACGUUACCUCAAUGGAGCUAGAAGAGAACCGCCAACACUGAUGGCAUUAUGUCGUCUGUCCAUCUGCCAGAACCUGAAGGAGGAACAAACUGACAAACUGCCUUUACCACCACGUCUUCAACACUACCUGAGUUCAAGUUGGCAGGAAACAGAAAAAAACAGUUAAAGUGGUUUCUUGGCUUGUUUGUAAUAAAGGUAUUUUGUAUUUAUACACUUGUAAUAAAAGUUUAACUUAAACAA